AUGGGCACGGACCUGCCGGGGCCGGUGGCUAUGCCGGGCGCUGUGGUGGGUGCGGGUCAGGUCAGGAUGGCCGGAGCCAUGCCGGGGCGAGGAGGCAAGCGGAGGUCAGCGGGGAUGGACUUCGACGACGAGGACGGCGAGGGACCCAGCAAAUUUUCAAGGUAUGACGAUGAUCAGAUUCCCGGUGAUAAGGAGCGUUAUGCCAGAGAGAACCACAGCGAGAUCGAGCGUCGCCGGCGUAAUAAGAUGACCCAGUACAUCACAGAGCUGUCGGACAUGGUGCCCACCUGCAGCGCUCUAGCCAGGAAACCAGACAAACUCACCAUCCUGCGCAUGGCCGUCUCGCACAUGAAGUCCAUGAGAGGUGCUGCAAACCCUUAUACUGAAGCUAACUACAAGCCAGCCUUUUUAUCAGACGAUGAGCUGAAGCACCUGAUAUUAAGGGCUGCUGAUGGUUUUCUGUUCGUUGUGGGCUGCGAUCGGGGAAAGAUCCUUUUUGUGUCAGAGUCCGUCUACAAAAUUUUAAAUUACAGUCAGAAUGACCUGAUUGGCCAGAGUUUGUUUGAUUACUUGCAUCCUAAAGACAUCGCAAAAGUCAAAGAGCAGCUCUCGUCAUCCGACACAGCCCCGCGCGAAAGACUCAUUGAUGCUAAAACUGGGCUGCCAGUCAGGACAGACAUUGCCCCAUGUCCCUCCAGACUGUGCUCAGGGGCCCGCCGAUCCUUCUCCUGCAGGAUGAAGUGCAAUAGGCCCCUUGUCAAAAUGGAGGACAAAGAUUUUCCCUCGACUUGCUCCAAAAAGAAAGCCGACCGCAAGAGCUUCUGCACCAUCCACAGCACUGGCUAUCUGAAGAGCUGGCCGCCCACAAAGAUGGGCUUAGAUGAAGACAACGAGCCUGAUAACGAAGGCUGUAAUCUCAGCUGCUUGGUGGCCAUUGGCCGAUUGCAUCCUCAUAUUGUCCCGCAACCCAUGAACGGAGACAUCCGGGUGAAGGCCACAGAGUACGUCUCACGCCACGCCAUUGAUGGGAAGUUUGUUUUUGUGGACCAAAGGGCCACAGCCAUUCUUGCUUAUCUACCUCAAGAGCUGCUGGGCACGUCGUUCUAUGAGUAUUUCCAUCAGGAUGACAUCGGACAUCUUGCCGAAUGCCACAGACAAGUGCUGCAGAUGAGAGAGAAGAUCAACACCAACUGUUACAAGUUCAAGAUUAAAGAUGGCUCUUUUAUAACUUUAAGAAGUCGCUGGUUCAGUUUCAUGAACCCUUGGACCAAAGAAGUAGAAUACAUAGUUUCGACUAACACGGUCGUCUCAAGCGGUUCUCUUGAUGGAGCAGAGCCUGGUUAUCCUCAGCUCACUGCCUCCCCCCAGAGCAUGGACAGCGUCCUCACAGCAGCUGACGGUUCCGGGAAAACUGUCCCUGGAAUCCCUGGAGGCACAAGACCCGGAGCGGGAAAGAUCGGCCGCAUGAUCGCUGAGGAAGUGAUGGAGAUACAACGGAUAAGAGGCUCAUCUCCUUCUAGUUGUGGCUCAAGUCCCCUCAACAUCUCCAACAGCACACCCCCUCCUGACACGUCAUCACCCGGGGGCAGGAAGAUUUCAAACGGUGGAAGUCCAGACAUUCCUUCAGCAGGGAUGGUGUCGGGUCAGGACAGCAUAGGAUAUCCUUACUCUAACAGCUCGAUUUUAAGUGAUCAGUCACACAUCGGUAUCGGUGACAUCAUGGACGAGCCGGGCUCCAGCAGUCCCAGCAGCGACGAGGCUGCCAUGGCCAUCAUCAUGAGCCUGCUGGAGGCCGACGCAGGCCUGGGAGGUCCCGUGGACUUCAGCGACCUGCCCUGGCCUCUGUGAGAAGACCUUCACCCGGUCCUGACGGGGGACUACAUCCAGCCAUGACCCUGACAAUCAACGCAUGCGGACAGGUUUUUUUUUUUUUUUGGUGACUUUGUUUUCGACACGGUGCCUCAGGUAGCUCCACACACGCUAAUAUCUCUUUGGCCUCAUUGUACGGCUAAUGUCAAAUUAGUGAUUUUGUCACUAUUUCACUUUCAUUGAGAACAAAUGGUUUUAUAGCACCUGGUUGGGACACAACGUUAGAGCAACAUCAUUAGUGUUGAUACGGCAUAUAAGGGCAUUGUUUCAGUCUACAGAAACUAAAUACCACAAAUCCUGUUGGGCUCGGUUUUUGUUUAUAUAUCCACCUCGGCAUUUUUAUUGUUUCUGCAUAUUUGCUUAUUAUAAAUCAAAUGUGUAUCAUAGAUGUGUAUUCUAACAGUAUUUUAUUUGAAUGUACAUGAUUGUAAUGAACUGAAAGGGCAGUGAUUUAUUUUUUAAAAUAAAAAGUGUAUAUAUAUAUUUCCCUUAAAAAAAAAAAAAAAAUCAUA